CAAGGUUGAAAGAAUCUCACCGGCUUUCGAAGAUCUUUCAAAAACGAAGGAUCCAUAUUAGUCGAUUGCUGUGUUGCAGCAGAUUCAAUUGACUAUAUAUCCUUGCUCUCAGACACAGCGACUCAUAGGAGGAAGCCGUCGAUACUUACAACAGCCGGCCAAAUGCUUGUAAUUGCCAUACCAUCCCUCUUUUGCCGAAUGAAAUCCAUAGCGAGGCCCUUUGUCAGGACACUCAUUCCAACCUUGCCUACCGGGGGGACAUUGAAUUAGUAGCUUUGUAUAGCCACAGUAGCUGAACUAGUAAACUUACCCAUAGCGUAGGCAGUCUUUCCCCUGAAGAAUCGGGAAUAUAUCGGCGGAGAGACAACUAUGAUUCUACCUUUCCAGCCAUUCUUCUCAAAAUAAGGAAGGGAUGCAUGAACACUAGCAUAUAACCCUUGAGGAUUAACUUGUUGCAUAAGCAUAAAGCGUUUGACAGGCGUGUUCCCAAUUGAAGACCACCAUAUUGCACCGGAGUUAUAAACUAGGACGUCUAGCCUUCCAUAUAGCUCUUCGGCAGUCUUUCUAACUAAUUCCUUGACAACCUCAACAUUGCGGGUAUCAACUGGCAGUGCAACUGCUUCACCCCCUAGCUCAUUUAUCUCCCGAGCAACUGUGUUGAUCGUAGAUUGGGGUGAGUUUGGGUCCGGCGGAAAUGGCACAGUCUUGGAGGCAUCGGACGUUGUUUUGGCCGCAACGACAACUGUGGACAUUCUCAGUCAUAUAGUUCAGAUGCUUGAGUAUGAAUGUGUACAAACAUACCGGCAUAUCCUUCUUUUGCGAGGUCGAUCGCGAUCUGUCUUCCAAUUCCCCUGGAAGCACCGAUAACAAGUGCUACUGGCUUAGAGGCUCCCAUGAGAGGUAUCAUUUGAAAAUAGUGAUUAUAUAUAUAUGGUAUCCACUUCCAGAUACUUCAGUUGAGGGAUAUGGUAUGAUAGAGCCCCGUUGUAAACGAGACGUAUGAUGUUUUAUCGGCGUGAAUCUGCCUUGGUCGAUGUGGUUGUCUUGAUGCCGGCUAAUCGUCGCUUGUUGCCGAACCUCGGCAUCUCUAACUAGACGUCAGAUACCCAACUACAUAGCUACGACAGAACGAACAACCUCCUCCAAGCUCGCCAGUUAAGUAUCAGAUAUCUCGGGGAGCUCUACCCUUUAUUCACUAUUGCAUGCUGCCGACCUUUGUUGUCUGUGCAUUUUUUUCUAACCUCUAUGGAAUCCGAGUGAAAAUGGGAGGCAAGAUUGAAGCAUACCUUGAUUGCCCCUCUCCAUAUUCGUAUUAUGCGUUUCUUCACCUUCUAAGGAACCGUGAUGUUUUGGAAUCCCAUGGAGUCGAGAUUGAGUAAGCUUGCCGUUAAUCCAGCUGAGAUAAAGGUACCAGUCUGAUAUGAAAAUAGUGUCCACCCUGUAUUCCUUGGUGGAAUAAAUGCCGGCUCGGGUAUGGAGUGUGGAACGGAUGAUUAUGAAACUAUACCCCGUCACUGAAAGUGGUAUUCUAACCUCUUCUUGCAAUGCAGGCAACAAGCCGCCAUGGACUCUCCCAGCCAAGGCAGCGUAUGGGCAGUUCGACCGAGUGCGAGCAGGGAAAUACUUCGGAGUCGAUGAUUUCAAAGUCCCGUCCUUUUUCCCUCCUCUAACCAUUCUGGUGGGCUUCCUACACAUAUAAAGCAUUAUUAGAAGCAUUAUAGGCAAUCUAACUGUCUUCUGAACAGCCUCAGCGAUGCGCGACAUAUAUCAAACAGAAUUACCCGCGGGAACGGUUUGAAAAUACGUUUCUGCUGUAUUGGAAAUAUAUGUUUUACAAAAAUAUCGAUCUGAGCAAACCGGAGGGUAUGACCGAGCUGCUGGAGGAGGCGAACUUCUCAAAAGGAGAAAUCGAUCGUAUCCUGACAUCUGCAAAGACAGAUGAAAUCAAAAAGGCGCUGGCCGACAGAACCCAGGAAGCAUUAGAUAGGGGUGCAUUUGGUGCACCAUGGUUCUGGGUCCGGCAUGCUGAAACUGGGAGAGAGGAGCCAUUCUUUGGAAGUGACAGGUUCCAUUUCAUGUGGGGAUUCUUGGGCAUCCCGUUUGAUGAUGUGAAGAUCAGGCCAGCAGAAAAGGCGAAGAUUUAAAAAGCCUUGAGAUGACAUGGUAGUUUCAAGAAGGAAUAUGUUUUUUACAAGGUAGAGAGGUAAUAAAUACCAUUCGCAACUACGCUGUAUCUAAAGGUUAGCUGCAUUAUCAUUUUAGCUAUCACCAAAUGCAGACCCUAACUUCGCUGCAAGACCCUUCCGGCUGCUUCGUUGUCCCUGGUCAUCGAGACCAGCCCCUUGAGUUGCCAUGGCCUCGGCUUCAGCUCUGCUACCAUAUGCCUGAGCCCCCGGAACCUCCAACUUCGCGUUCAGCACGUUGAUACGCAGUAUUUGCAGGUGCGCAUUUUCCAGGUACUCUCUCAUACUGUCCAGCGCUUCUUCAUGCAGCUGCUCUCUCGCAGGCGGUUUGCUGGUAACGAUUACUCCUUUUUCAAAAUCUAAUCUAGCAUCGAGGGUUUCACUCUGUAUAAGUCCAAUCAACUCAGACACAAAUGCGCCAUUUGGUUUGAGUUGCCCCUGCUCAUCUCUGAUUUGUUCUUUAGGAGCAAAUACCUUGGCCAUGCCAUCGAGCGUGACACGGCUGUAGGGUAUGAUAUGUUGCUGUAUUGCCUUCGUCCUGAUGCGCCUGUACAGCGUCCGGACGUGUCUUUGCAGGUGCAAAUCAAGAAGGUAGUCAGCUUUGUAAGCCUCUAGGAUAUCCAGGCAAAGCCGAAACUUUGAUGCACAAAAGAAUGAAAUGGCUUGGCGGAUAUGUGGUUCUAAUUCAAGGAAAUUUCGAAACGACUUGUUUUCGAGAACAUUUUUGGCGAGAUCAGCUCGGCUCAUGGACGCUAAAGCACAGAGACCACCGUAAACCGCCACAUCGUUUGGUGAGAUCACCUCCUUGUAAUUAUCGCCAAGGGCUGGGUCGGUUGAUAAGAAAGUUAUUGCAGCUUCAUGGUAUGAACUUGCUGCGAGUUGUGCUAAGCCAUGUGAGGCAAAGAGCUUAGCUUUACACUUCGGUUCGUCUUCCGGUUUAAACUGAAGACUGCGCAAGCGGUGGACAUUUGCUUGGAGGGCUAACCAAUCCGAGCGAUCAAUGGCAACAACAAUGUUUUUAAAAAGCAUCGAAGCAAUAUGAGACGUAGUAGUGCAGUAGUCCCGCAUUCUUGAAAAUGCAUGGGAGGCAGAAGCAAGAUCACCUAUGCGAUGGUAAUGCAUACCAAGAUCCUCAUUCCCCAUCUAUAAAACGUCAGAAACAGGAAACGAGGAAAUCAUGGAAGGGGAAAAGGCGAAUGCUGGGGAGCCUACUCGUAUGCUCUCCUUGAUCAAGUUGUUUUUAUACCCUUUCAAUUCACGUUCCAAUCGAUUCGUAUCGGCUUUGACGACUUUCGUAGUAUUGUUGAUCCAUUCGGUGUCCAAUACAGCUUCGCUGUCGGCCGGGGAAAUCUGGUUGAGUGCCUCAACUGCCGUCUCAUAACAAUUAACGUCCACCCCCGACUUUGCUUCAGCAACUGCCAUCUUUAAAGCUUCAACAGCAAGAAAACUUGAACAGGUUCCGAUCAGAUAUAAUCUAGCAAAUUUUGUCCUCCCUAGUAGAACGAGCACCAGCCGAGGUGGUUAGUUUCACGUAUAGACCGCGUCUUCUUAGGAACGGAACAUCGUACCGGUGUAAUUUGAUAUGUAUGUUUCGAGAUCAAACUUAGGUGGCUCUAUAUAGCUUGGUUAGACAGUGCUUUAACAGCUCAGCAAUUUGUGAAUUUCGGCAAGCAUACCGUCAACAAUGAUGCGUGGUCUUGUUAGACUUCGGCUUUGGUGUUCCCCUGCAGGUUCUACAUCCAUCGCUGAGCUACCCGCGCCAUUGCCGGCCCAGGCUUGUGAUGACGACUCCAUGGUUGUGUCGGGGCUGUAUCUAUGCCUUGAUUGUGUGUUGUAUUGAGGUAGAGUAGCUUAUGGAGAGCGGGGUGACGUUUGCCUUAGAGAAAAGAGCAACAGCACAGCUAGGGCUCUGACUUAAGCUCUACGCCCUGGCAGCAUGAAUACAAGAGCUUGAUUAUGUUUGUGCCUCUUUCGUCCCCGUAGAUGGGUUUCUAAUUCAAAUUCUGUACUCAGUUAGCACGCCCACUCGCUGAUAGAUGGUUAGAAGGCGGGAAGAGCGAGUAGCAGAGAUGUCUGAGAGAAGGGAGUCCUCUUAUAGAAAUUCAACGUACAUAUCUGUUAGAAAUGCAAGUAGAGCUCGUGAAUCGUUCCCUUAACCGUCGUAAAUCGUGAUGUCAUGUCCUGAUGUCUGUUGUUUGGUCUUUUGACAGCCAAAAAAGAAGCUCGGGAGAUCAAAAUAAGGCUACCUGAUUACGUAAUGAAGUACUCGAUACGAGAUAACCCAGUCACAUGAAUAUAUGGCUGCCCCUGUUUCCCUGCUGUACUUUUCGGAUAAAGAAAGGAGAUAUCAUUUACAAGCACAUGGAGUAUUAAGUUGGUGUUGAUAUGCAUUUUCAUUUAUGGUCAUAAGUCAAUUAUAUACCAUUAUCCCGUCUUUUGAUUCCCAAUUCUUUUUCCCCCUUUUCCAUUGGAACCCAGCCAAAAAAAUAGAAACAGUCACAAAAGAAUUUAGGAGACACAAGGCGCCAGCUAUGUCAAGUAUGGGUAAACAAGUCAAGAACAAAUAUACCAAAUGACAGGCGACCCUCGAAAAUGCACAUAAUAUAGGGAAUAAAUGGCAGUGACAAUGGAAUAGUAAGAUAAUGCUGUCAUGAGUUAAAAAGUUGUACGCGACGAACGGCAAUCGUAAACCGAUUAGGGGACAAGGAGCUUUUUCGCUCCAGUCGAUUGAAAUGUGAAAAAAUAUGCCAAGGUGAGUUUGGUAAUAAGAAGGGGUUAGGGGUAGGGAGUAGAAUUAUGCGGUAUGUAAGGAAGGGAGUUUAGGAUUAGUGGGACAGAUCGGAAGAGAGCAGGGGUAUCGAUUGAAAUUUGAGGGGUUAUUGUGAAGUGGGAUGUACUUUUUUUGACUCUUGGAAUGAUCCUUGCAGCAAAUCUUCUAUCCCAUAAGGUCGUCGAUGUUGAGUUCAUCACCCAGUUUCAUGGGAUGCUCGAUGACUGGGACUGCCGUUGGUCCAAUGAGGCCUUCAGUGGCGUUGGGGUCCUUGAUCCAUGGGCCCUUUUCUUCUUCGGUGGCAUUAAGGACGCCCUCCGAUCGCUUCAGGGUUUCGAUGUCCAGAUCGGUAACGUAGGCUUCUCGACCCAUGCAGUCCCCGGCAGGGAGCUUAAGCCGGACUUCAAACUCGUUGUCAAGCAUCAUCUCAUCUUUCCAUAGGCGACGAGGGCCGUCAUAAAGGCAGAGGAGACGUCGCUUCAUCUUCAUCUUGCUAUUGGGACAGCUCCAUGAGGGAGGGUAGUUGUUUCGGUUGUUUCGGCGCCUUGAGGUGGUAACACGGUUUUUGGUCACCUUGCUGUUGGUGGAGUUGGAUUUAGAAAGUGAGCCCUUCACAGAAGAGUUGGAUGAGUCGUUUUGUUUGUCCGCAGCUUCUUCGAUGUCAUCGCCAUCCUCGAUUUGAGUAGCGUUCGACUCCAAGAGCAUGUGUCGCUCCAUGGUGUCACGGACGGCCUCGUCGGAAGCGACUUCGGUCAAUCUUCGGGAGUUGAUGGCCUCAGAAGGUUCUUCCUGCUGUACUACUCUCAGGACACAGUCGUCAAGAUGCUCGUAGAACUCCUGGGCGUUGGAAAAUGUCGCUGUACAUGUGGAACAUUUUCCGGUGGCAUCCUGACAGUAGCUGGACAGCUUUCCACUAGGAACAGACGGAGGAGUUUUCUUCCUGCCGUUGGGAGCAGAUUGGUCAACGCCGUGUACUGUCGUGAGAUGGCGUUUAAAUACGUCCGCGCGGUUAAAGCUUUUCUCCGCAGCGGAGCCUGAUCCGGGGCAGAAUCCACAAACCAUGGUCCCUUUGUAAUGUGUCAACGUGUGACGAUUUUUAUCAUAUUUUCUUGCGAAUCCCUUCAGAUGGUACUCGCAUGUCACAAUUGGACACUUUUCGGGACGUUCUGAUUGGUGAGUGAGCAUAUGUGCCUUGAGGUCUCUGAAGACACGGCCGCAGUCUGGGUGGGGACAUCUUCCUUUCUCAUUUUCUUCCUCGGCUUCAUUUCUGGUUGGAGAGGUGCGGGCAGAUGGACGGGAAUGAAUGGAGGAGAUGGACGACCUGCGCCCCUGGAACGGUCUAGGUGUCGAGAAGGUAUUUUGCUGCACAAAAGAGGGGUUCACGUCGAAUUUCUCCUGCUUCUGGGGUCCGGAUGCUCCCUGGGACCGUUGCGGUUGCUGAGGGGUAUGAGAAAUGUUAAGAGGAGAGUGUGGUGAGAGAGGAGCGAAGGCGGGUGAAGAGAUGAAGGGAUAUGGGGAUUCCUCUGCGUACGACACGGCUACUCCCGAAAAGUUGCUACUCUGUUGCAUUGGCUGUAACAAUGCAGGAUCUAUUUAAACACCAUCAGUUCUUUGUCUUCAACGCCAACACGGCGGUCAUGCCGUAUAUCUGGAAAUGUCCAUGAUGACAAGACGUUGAUGGAGGAAUAGAAAACAACCGGAAGGGCAUGUUGAGAAAGAGGAGAGUCAAUGAACAUGCCAAGCAUUAAGAAGCACUAGCAGUGUUAUUGUCUCAGGAAACUAAAGUGUAUGUUUCCGUAGAUCUAUCUUUGUCCGCAAACCACCAUUUGUGUCGAGUCAUGACGGUGGGCUGAAGACACAGGAUAUAUGAAAGAUAGAACAUAAAUCUUGCGGAUGAUGGAGGGAUAUACUAAGUUAUAUCGCUCGACCAACAGGCACAAGAUUUAUAGGAUAUAAAAAAAGGAGAAGAAAGGAAGAGUUAAGAGAAAGAAAACGAGGUCUAGAAAGUACUUACCCACAUAAGGAGUGGAAAACUUUUCGCUCGCAUAUAGCAUCUCAGGGUCGAUGCUAUUAGACAGGAAGUCACUUGGAUACCCUUCACCAACCAUGGCUAUUUGCUCCGCACCCACGGAGACGUCGAGGUCAAGCCACUGG